CAGAUGAGAUGAAGAGCAGAAGCCACAGUACGGAACCACUACCAAAGUCUGAAAGUAAGGAAAGAGCAAUGCAUGGUGCAGCUACUACAUCUCGGGAGCAGAUAAAGGCUCAUGAGUGGGAUGGAACAACAGGACACAGCGGGGCAGCCUCCAGCAGAUUAGGACGAUCCUCUGUCAGUCCAACAAUGUUAUCAGGAAAUCACCUUAACUCAGAGCCUAGAGUAAGCUGCAGACUUGGUCGAUCUGCGUCAACAUCAGGUGUUCCACCUCCUUCUGUUGCUCCUCUCAGGCAAGCCAGUGAACCACAGCCAAGCCAGGUAACAUAUAUGCAGUGGAUAUAUGGUGACAACACAAUGCUGGAAAUGAUUGAGAAGAAACGAUGUUUGUGCAAGGAGAUAAAAGCUCGGCAGACAACAGAAAAAGGACUUUGUAAACAGGACAGUAUGCCCAUUUUGCCAAGCUGGAAGAAAAAUGCUGGCUCAAAAAAGUACAGCUCGGCUCCUUAUACGAAACAACAAACUGUGUUCUGGGAUACUGCUAUAUAAUUUGAAUGCUUGACCUGAGGUUACAUUUUCCGAAAUACUGUAGUGGUAUUUGAAUUCACUAACAGAACUAAGUGACAACUGAUAAAGAGCUGUUUACUGACACUUGAUUCAGUGUUACUCAUAAGAUUAACAGCCAGUCAACAACAACAACAAAAAAAAGAAGAAAAAGAAAAUUAUAUGUACACCCUCUGUCCUGUAAGAUACAACUUCUCAAGUUGACAGUGACUUAUAGAGUAUGAUUAUUAGUGGAUCAGGUUUCAAAGAUCAUAAGGCAGUUCAUUUGGUUGACUUAAACAAUUAAAAUAAAUCUAGUGCUGGAAUACCCUGCAGGACCAAAUAAUGGAGUAACCAGCUAUAGCAGUCAAUACAGUUGCUUGCUGGGUUUGCUGUAGUUGUGUAGUUUCUAUAGGAUUUUUGUAUAUGGAAUAUUGGCAGUGAAGAUGUACAUAUACAGUACGUGAAUAGACGAGUUCUAAUUCAGAAUUAAUUUUAAAUACAGUUUUAUAUAAUAAAAUAUAUUGCAUAUUGCAGUUAUACUUCUAAAAAUUGUUUUAAUUGUAAUUCUUAUAUGGCUUUAAUUUGUGUCAAAGUGACACAGUGAUUUUUUUAAAGUAGAAUUUGCUAUUUCUUUGCCUUUGACUUUAGACUGUCUUUAAUAUGUUAACACACUUUAUUCUGGUGUCUAAAAUACAAUCUGUUGCCUCAUGUCAGCAUUUCAAAAUUAAAUCCUGUUUUCUAGGAAGAUUCAUUAAGACGGGCAAAUGUUUUUGUUUAAUAUCAUUUUCUUCUACACGUCAUUAACUCUUGAAGUCACCUGAGGAAAAAAACAAUAUAAAACAGCCUAUUUAAAAGCUCUUUGAUUUUCACUCAUGGUAUGCAGCAUACAUGUUUUGAAUUACUUGUUUAAUUUAUCAGUUCUAGUAAUAUGACCUAAUUAUUCAGCACUGCAUCAGGAAUGCAAGUGUUCAACUGCUUUUACAUUUUUGAAAAUUUAGAAAACAUGACUUGGCUUCUUAAAAGCCCUGACUGUUGAGAACAUAUUUAGAGAAUGGACGGGUGUACUAUGUUGUUAAUUUAACAGCUUCAAGAAAAGUAGUUUUUAGGUUCUUUCACGUAUACUACCUAAUACAAAUACAACUCAACCUGCCACUCAAAAUGAAACUGUGAGCUGAUAAUAUGGCUGCAGGCAAUAUCAGUAGUGCUGGACUCACAAGACAGCUUGUGUGUUGAAACAGCAAAUAUGAGGAUACUUAAAGCCUUCAAAAAAAGCUUGGGCAUGCAUCACUUAAUAGGUAUUACAGGGUAUGCUUUGUAAAGAAGUAAGGGGUAGGCUUGUUUUAAUGUUUGUUUUGAGAGCACAUUUGUUACUCCUAAAAGGGUGUAGGAUUGUGAUAGUCGUUAUACUGUUGUAUUAAAGUUAAGCAAACAUGAUGGCAUUUUAUAAACUAGUCACCUGCAAAAAAAAAUAGCACUUAACACCAUUUAUAAAUAUUUGUUCAAAACAGUUAUAUAUUUGUACUAUAAAAUAUAACAUAUGCUUGUUUUAAUAUUUUCUGUCUCUCAAAUAUGUCUAUGUUUAGCAGCCCCCACUUCCCAGCUUUCAUUUCAUUACUUCAUAUUUUCUGUCACUAAAGGAACGUGUUUAUACUGAGUCAUUCCUCAAUGAAUUUUUGAACAUCUGGUGGUUACUUCAGACAUUCUGUGUAGAAUUAGGCAGUAUGUAACCAAUAAUGACCAAGUGAAUGUACUGAGAAGCUGAAGUUUCUGAUAUCCAAGAAUGCUGUAUAAUAGUCUGCUAAAUGAAUUUAUGGAAUAAUUGCUCCUGUUCAUUUAAAAUUAAUAUGACACCAUGGUAAGGCAGACACACAAAUGGCAGAAAGGGUACAAUAUAUAUCAGAAGUGAAAUAAAUAAAGUAACUUUUUAAAAUAAUUCAAAAGUCCAUGAUAGAUGCAAUUUACAUAAUGUCAUAAAACAGAGCAUCAAUAGUUAAUAAUAUUUUGCUUUGAAAAAUAAAUUGCAACUGUUUUUGCAGCUUUGACAAAAAUACAUUUUUCACUCCUGAUAUUACAGUUUUGUAUCCCCUCCCCCCAGUAAUCUUUACCCCAGUGCCCCCUAUCCAUCACUAGGUCUGUCACCUUCUCCUUAUAUCCUUGACUUAAAUCAAAUUCCAGGUUGAAACCAGUGUGGAACUUAUGGGCAUCUUGGGGGCUCUUUCUGGCAACAGUUUCUGUGAGGGAGAGUUUUGUUAUUAUUAUUAUUAUUAUUAUGACCUACCAUCAUUUUUGUCCCUCCUCCUUCUCCUGUGGUCAUCUCAUAAUGCUGACUGAGGGCUAUCUUCCUAUAGGUAACCCUCCUCCCUCCAUGGAACACUUAGAUGAAUGUUCAUCACCCGGGAAAGGCACACACAUCCCUGUCUGCUAGCACCUCUGACCCCCAAGAGGCUAAUCAAAACUGGGUCGCCUAGACUGGAGUUACAGCUUUAUCCCUUGAUACCAUGGCACUGAUAAUUCUUUUUGUCUGAAAAUACAUAAUACAGUACACAUUUAUAAGCAAAGCUGGAACAGAAACCGCUGUUAAUCUUUUAAGUUAAUUGCUUUAUCAUGUACUCAAAGAAUCUUCAUUGCUUCAUCCAAACUACUUAUAUCUACAGGUCCAGUAAAAAUGUAAACCCAUGGAUCAAACAGCAUUCACUACUUAACAAAGCAGCAUUUCCUAAAUUGUAAAAGUACCACAGUGAGAUUCUGUGGUAUCAGAAGUGCACUUGUUUCUUUCAAUCACAUAUGUCUUAUAUAUUGGAAAAAUAGAGUGUUUCUAUUAAUUCAUGCUUCCCGUUGUCAUAUGACUGGGUAGUCUAAUACUAUGCUGAUGUCUCAGAAUGGAUCAUGAUUUCCUCUUCCUACUUCCUAUUGUCACAUGACUGGAUAGUAUACUACAAGGCUGAUAUCUCAGAAUGGAUGAUGAUUUCCUCAAAAAGAUCAAUGUAUUAGGAUAUGAAAUGUGGACAGAUUGACUAAUCUCCUGACUGUCUAAAUAAUUGUAAUUGCCAUUGCACUUAAAAUGGAUGUUCUUGUACCUUUUUGAAACUUCCAGCAAUUUGAAAUCUGUAUUUGUUUUUAGAUGUGGAUCUACCCUAACAUAAAUCAGUAUUAUAAGUUCAUUAGAGGAGAUUUAUAAGCAUUGGCCCACUUUUAAACUGAACAACUGGUGUUGUCAAAACUAUGUUCUAGAGUGAAAUAUGUUAUGUUAGCUAAAUUAGAUUCUUGUCAAGACACUGAGGUCAUGAACUUAGUGUUUGUGGAAAUAAUAUUGCUAUUACAAAAACACUUGAUAAAAAAAAUCUAUUUCAGGGAGACAAUCUUUUUACUUCCUACAGCCCAAUAAAUCUAAAUACACUUAACUCUGAGGAUGCUAAACCUCACAGGUAAGUGACUAUACUCACUUACCUCCAAGUUUCAGUAACCUUAGCCUUAGUAUUGCAGCAGUCCUCAGCAACUGCACUUUUUUCACAAUGUACUAGUUUAGCAAAAGGCUGCUGUUGAGCCCACUACAUGUCCUCAACUAAAAGUGAUGACUAUGACACAAUAAUUUAAUGAAAUCCAACAGCCUUUCCUUUUUUAUGGACACUGUAAUAAGUCCAUCUCUCAUGUCACUAGCUUGUAAUAUAUAGUACGUUUAUUUAUUUCACUCAGCCUUCAAAUCCCUUUGAAAUGCAUGUUGAAGCACCUUAUCUUGAAGGUCUUGUAAUCGUUUAUGCUACAGAUUUUUCACUGAGAAGUAAAAAUGGGAAAUACCUGUUCAUUUUGCAAUUAUGUGUUGAAUCCUACCUGUAGACUGCCUAAUUCCACACUCAUGUAACAUGUUUAUCUCCAAGUUAAUCAUUCCUAACAGUUUUUCUGAAAUAAUAUUUAUGGACUUACUGUAUAUUUAUUUGUACUAUGGCUGGUCCUGUUAUUUUGCACUUACUUCAGACUUGUAAGUAUAUUUUUAAUAUUGAUGUGUUAUAGUGUACACAGUUUUGUUAUGACGGUUUCCAUGUACAUCCAAUCAGCUUAGUUGUUUAUACUUCAAAUAACCCACCCUUUCAAAUAUUUCAAACUGAAAUGGUCUAGUGUAGUGCAGUUCUGUUUUAGUGGCACUUAAUAUAAAUAUCUGAAAUGAGGAAAUUAUUAUGACGACAUGAGUGAUGAGAUGGUUGACAUAAAGUAUUGGGCUAUGAGAGAUAAGAAGGGUCACCGUGAAUGCUAAUCAUUUUACUUAAAUUUGUCCCUUUUUCUGAAAAUUGGCCUUUUUAUUGCCAUAAUAUCCUUUCAAAAAUAAACUUCAUUUUCUGAAUUGGCUAUGUCUGCCUCCAUAUUUCUUUCUAGACUACAUGCAUAGAAAAAGACUGUUUUCACUUAAUUUGGGAUGUCAUCUUGCUAAACGUUGACUGUUUAUCAUUAGUAAUACUGAGGAAAUAUUUAUAAAACAGCAAAAAAAUUCAACAUUCUCUAUUCUUUGAUUUUUAUUAAUGAGCAGGGAAGUAUAUAGCAGGGUAAACAUAUUAGAGGUUAUCCGUUUAAUAUUUUCAGUUGAGCGUUACAAUUUCACAUGAAGGCAGAUUGCAGAAGAAUGAAGUCUUACAUUGAUAUAAAAAGUUAUGGCCGUAAAUGUAUCAAAAAUUCAAACAUCAUCAGACUAUUCACUAUUUGUUCAAAUGCAUUUUCAAGUGGCUGUUCACACUGAUUAUGAUGAAUGGUAACACCUGCAGUGGAGGUUAUACUACUGUCUGUAUAUUUGUGUGAGUAUGAAUGCAUAUGUAUGCAUAUUGUGUGUCUACAUGUGCAUAUGUGUGAGCUUGCAGUACUUGUAUAUUGUGAGUGAAGACCAUAUAAACACUAGUAUCAGUGGGAGUAAAUGAGAUUUUUCAACAGAAUGCAAGCAUCAGGUUUACGUAAAGGAAUGCCAUUCAUUAAACUCCCCUCUCUACCCAAUACCAUAUGUCAAAACACAAAAUGGAAGACAGGGCACAGGGUUGCUAGAAACCCUUAGAGACUAUUCUUUUAAUACCCAGCUGUAGAGCCCCUGAGAACCUAUAUAUGCAACUCAUGAUGGCAGGUGCUAAAUCUGUGGCUAGAGUCCCAUAUAGAAAAGAAUACUGAAAUGGUACUCAGACUUAAGAAAAAGAAAAGUUAAUGCUCUGUACAUUUACUUGAAAUGGGAACUCACUUCCAUCAGCCAGUUAUCUUGAGGAGACCAUGGUUCACUGUGACUGGAGUUAAUGGUUCUUAUGAAAAAUGCCUGAAACUAUUAUUGCAUGGAUUAAAUAAUGUGGCUCAUGGCCUUUAAACAACUAAUGUAAAAAAAUAAAUAAAACAAAUUCUAUUCACAAAGAACAGCUGUGCUGUUCUAGAUUAUUUGAUUAUUUAUUUGUUCUUGUUGCUGGCUUAUAAAUUGCAUCAUUCAAUUUCAAAUAACUAUAUUUUUGACCAAGGAACCAAAAAUGCAUUUGAUUAGGUUUAUGUCAUUUCAGAUCAAACAAGUGUGCAAUGAUUUAUUAAAUGGUAUUUUAUGUCAUCAUCUUUAAAUCAUGGAAUAAAGAUGUUUUAAUUUGUAUGUUAUCUAAUGUAUAUAUUAAUGUAUACAUAUUGAGUAUGUUACACAGAUGGAAAAUAGCAACAACUAAGUGGUAUUCACUUUUUGUUUCAAAAGUGAGACUUUUUAAAUUUAUAGUGUUGAUUUUGUGUAAUGUGCACUGUGACUUCAAGAAAGCACAGUAAAGUCACAGUUCUUGUCUUGCACUAUUAAGUGUUUACGUAGAGUUGCAAUGUAUACUUAAUUAGCACUGUUUAGCAUUCUUUGCAGAUACUGAAAGGAACACAUUUUUUAGCUAUUUAAACUGCAGGAUUUCUUAGUGGCCUAUAUUAUUUAAUUUAGAUUGACAGGGAUCUGAUGAGGAUAACUUGCAUUAUGUAUAUGAAUAUAAUCUGUUUACUUUAGAGAGUCAGAACCUACUUUGAAUAUCUAUUUGCAGCAUACUCAUGUUUAAACUUUCAGAUGUCAGGUAUAUGCCUGUGAAAAUGUCUGGCAGGUUAUAUACUCAGUAGAAAGAAACUUAAGUAUGUAGUAACCUAUGUACUUUUAGCCAUUCUUAUGUCUAAUAUACACAGACUGGCAAAUUUGUAUUCUCAGUUUUGUACUUCUUUUUUAAGUAAAGUGCAUUGUAUGUAUUUUUAAAAUAUUUUUCUUAGAUUCUUCUAAAGUAAUGAGCUGUUAUAAAAUUGUUUUCCAUUGCCUAUUUACUUAUUUAAAUAUUUAUUUA